AUGUCUUCGGAAAGCUGGCCUCCACCGCUCAAAGAGUGGGUUGCGAAAUGUCUCGGGCAAAUGACAGACGCCAACAGGGCGGAAGCGCAAGCUGAACUUAGACAGGUAAUUGCUGACUCCUUCUUGAACAAGACACUGUGGACGACGGACUGGGCCGGAGUGCAGUUGCAGAGCUUGCUGCCAAAAUCUCUAGCGUUGAAUCCUCUCAAUAGUUUGAAGCGCAAGAUUAAUGACGGCCACACUGUCAGUAGCAAAAAAUCCAAAAAGAACCCAAUAUCCAAAGGCUCGUCUGCGAGUGCAUUGGACCCCACAGAUCUUGCCGCUCUCAAUCGUCGUGCCGCUCGAUUUCAACGGGAGCACGAGAUUGAACGUCAGAAGGGGACCCGUGGUCAUGAACAUACAAAGCAACAUCAUCCAUUCUUCUACCCAUCACGUUUCAAUACACCAUCUUUCGACACCGACGAACCGGAGCUAAACUCUAAUGUGCCAGGUUGGGAUCGAUUCACGAUUGUCGGAACAUCUCAGGAAACCUUCAAGGACUACUUGCGGCUGACUUCGGAGCCGAAACCUGAACAGAUUCGCCCUUAUUCCAUUCUUCAGGAAACGCUCAACCAGUUGAAAAAGCGAUGGCGCGAGAAGGCUAGCUAUAGUUGGAUAUGCAGCCAGUUUAAGAGUCUGCGUCAGGAUCUUACUGUACAACGAAUAAAGAAUGAGUUCACAGUCACGGUGUACGAAAUCCAUGCACGUAUGGCCCUUGAAGUUGGUGAUAUGGUUGAGUAUAAUCAAUGUCAGGCCAUGUUGCGAAAUCUCUAUGAACUUGGCAUCCCGGGCAAGGUGGAAGAAUUCACCGCAUAUCGCAUACUCAUGCUGCUACAUGGGCGAAACAGAAGUGAUCUAAACCUCUAUGUAGGUCAACUAACAGAUAGACAGAAAUUGGACCCCGCCGUCCGACAUGCCCUGAAUGUGCAACGAGCUCUGGCAAUGGGCAAUUAUCAUUCCCUAUUUGACUUAUACCUGAAUGCUCCGAACAUGGGGGCCUAUAUCAUGGAUCAUUUCAUUGAUAGAGAGAGGAUCAGAGCACUUAUGGUCAUGACGAAGGCAUACCGCCAGAUCUCUCUAUCGUUCAUCCAGAACGAGCUUGCAUUUGACACGAUCGCAGUGGCCCUCCAGUUUCUCAUGGAGCAUAGAGCCGCAUUCUUUCAGAAUCCUAACAGUCCUGAUACACAGAAAAUACUCGAUUGCAAGCCGGCCGGUGCUCCUCUAGCUGAGGUCUUCGAAGAGAAAUACCGCAAGGUACAGAUCAAGGGUGCAGUAUAG